AUGGCGGACAACAACAAUGACGAGGAACAGCCUACGGUGGAACAACUGAAAUUGAAGUUCUAUCAUCGUCUCACCAUCAUCUGCAGAGGGUUCGAUCUGCCAGACAAAGCGGAACGAAAAGUCCUUAACUCUCAGGGAGUAAAUCCUAUCUACGAUAAUGUGUGGAAAAAGGUAAUGGAGGAGUUUGGAGAAGAAUAUUUAUGGAAAACGCACAGCAUCGACUAUCCCAGACUCGUUCUUAUUCUCAAUAUUCUGAGCGAAUUUCUGCAGCUUGAUCCAGCCGAAACGGCCAAGCGCACGGGAAUAAGCAACCAACCGGCAAAACUCGUCGAGAAUAUCUUGGAAAAGGCAGAGGAACUUGGUGAGGAUUUGGACGAGCUGAAAGAAGCAGCUGCAUCCUUGGAGAAACCUACCAAACAACAACCUGCCCAGACUGAAAAAGGUGCUCCUAGACGUUCCGCGCGACGCAUAGAAAAACCUCCCCAAGUUGAUACGGCCCAACCCCCAACCGGUACCACUGGCAGCGCCAAGAACACCACCAGCCGCCAGCCCACGACCAAAGCCAAGAAAAGCGCAACAAAGAGCCAAAAGGAGCCAUCAAAGCCCACUGCCGAGCCCAGCACAGAAGCCAACUCCCAUGCGAGCGCUCCAUCGUUUGACGACACCCUCCAGUCCACGGACAAUGACACCCCCCAGUCCAAGGGCAGCGACACGGAAAUUCCAACAGAGAGCCAGAAGGAGCCAUCGAAGUCCGUCUCGGAGCCCAAAAGCACGAAAGGCAAAGGCAACUCGCAUGCGAGCGAUGCUCCAGCUUCGAAGGAAAAUGCCACGGAUAGCCCCACCAAAGAUACUGCAGUAGAGUCCUGUGCUGUCACCACCACCAGCUCAGGAGAACAAUCAGGAAGUCCCACCUCUGAUUCCACCGAAGAUAUGGAAGAAGUGGACGGUCCCUUGAUGGAUGAGGGUGACAGCGAUCACAACUUCAUGGAGGAGAGCGACAGCUUUCACGAAAAGGAACCGGAGAAGGAACGAGACUCCAACGCCGAGUCUCAGGCCGAUCGUGAAAGUAUCCAGAUGGAGCUUGACGAUGCUCGGAAACAAAUGGCAUCAAUGCAAGAGGAGCACGCAACAAAAGUCGAGCAGCUUCGGAAGGAGCGGGACUCCUUUCGCGACCAGCUGGCCAGAUCUCAAACCAAAGUCGAGGAGCUUCAGAACCAACUUGCUCACAGGACGACCCAGGCACAAACAAGCGUUGAACAACAAACGAACAGCGAUCGCCCUGUUACCACAGCUGCUGCAACUCAUGCUGGUAAUAAUAUGCCAAUGGUACAAGAGUCAGCUCAACAGUUGGCUGCAAAGGGCCCAGGCAAUCAGAAGAAGGCCGCAUCGAAGGAACAGGCAAGCAGCAGUCAAGGAUCGGAGACAGGGGCCAAAACCCACUUGGAGACAAGUGUGAUACCAAACGAAAUUGAUGAUUCUGUUGCCAGUGACAAGGCAAAUGACAAUGCAACAUGCAAGGCUGCAGCCAACUUGAUCAAGCCAAAUUGUGACAAUCUGCAAAAACGCAAAAGACCUGACGGAGGCUUUGCUGCCAUGCAAACAACACACCAGGCGAUGAAAACCCACUCGAAGACAAGCAUUUUACCAAACAACGUUGAUGAUUCUGUUGCCAGUGACAAGGCAAACAACAAAGCAGCACGCCAGGCUGCUGCCAACUUGAAGAAACCAACCAACAACAACUCGGAAAGCAACACUGGUGCCGAAGAAAGUGGAACUGCAGACCAGGAAGCAGAUUGUGAAGAUGCAGUCACGGAUGAAACCAUGGUUGAAGGAGAAGGCGGUGGCGAUGCAGCUACCAACAAUGUUGAAAAUGCGACCAGCGAAGCCACAGCUGGUGAACCUACUAGCAGCUCACAGGAAGCUGCUUCAAAUGAAGAAGGCCAAGCAACCGAUGCCACCGCUGCUCCAGAGGGUGUAGGAGAGCCAAGUUCUGGCACCCCUCAAGCCGAACCGGCGGGUGACCAGGUGGCUGAGCAGGUUGCCCCCCCAAGUCCCGGGACGGCGAAAGCUAGAAUGGAUAUUUUUAUGAAGAGAUAUGACAGUUUAUUGAAGAGGGGGGCGAAAUAGACAAGGAGUCGAGUCAAGAGGACCUUCGUUCUGGCAAGGCCACACCCAACUCUCCAAGCUUUCGUCGCGAGGCAUCUUCAAGACAGCCGGGAACAUGCAAAUAAGCUGAACACAAUCGGCGCUCUGCUCACGGAUCCCUCGCAAAUUAAUUGUGCUGGAGCCAACACUAAGUCAUACUACUAUACUCGUCGGCUACGUUAGCUAUGAGGCUUUGUACUCUUUCCUAAAGUUCAAGUCACUCCCGCAGUUCGUUCAGCGGUAAAACAAAGGUAUCAUACUAGUAACUCGUUGCAGCCGACGGGUCCUUCUUGCUGCUUGCUCGUUGGCGAUCAGUCACGCACGCUUCCUUGGCAUUGGCUUGAAAAAAGGCUCACGAGGAGCAUACUGUUGCCUCUAACGGAGGCGCCUCACAAUGAUCCUCUGCCUCGAUAGGCUCGAU